UCCUCAUUUCUCUUUCAAAUAUAUAUUUAAGAGGUCUUUUAUUUCAGCAUAACAAUAAUUAUUUGCAGGAGUUUCAGUGUUAGCGACUAAUUUAGAACUUGUAGAUUCGAGCUGCCUGAAUUGGCCAGACAGCUGUAAUCGCACCCUCUAUUCUUAAUCUCUUUAUCUGGGCAGCAGCUGCCAUAUGGCCACAGUCAGCUGGAUCAGAUGUUUAUAAGCUUCCUUCUUCGGCCCUCUCUGUCCUCUCAGCCUCCUAAUUUGAUCACGGCUACCUUGUGAGCUGCCCUCCAAUCUUUAUUUUUAGCCCUCUCCAGGAUUAGGAUUGAUGUUAGCUGUGGGGCACUUAAAGUGAUUGUAUUGUAAAUCUUGGUUUAUUCUAUUGGUGGUGUCUUUCAGGAGGUAUCUGAGUUUAGGAUGAAAGUUUGACUGUCUGAGCAGCGUGUGGAGGAGGGAAGCUGGGUCUGAAUAUUAACUCCAUAACCACCAUCCUCAGAUGCACUUGGUGAGGUGGAUGGCUGGAGCCCUGCUUCUGCUCCCAAGAUGGGGAAGUGGGCUCUUUAUCUUUAGCCACUGCAGUUGAAUUUUGACGGUUCUUUGCCUUCCCUCCCUCACCUCCUCCCCUGCCAGAAAACAAGGCAAAGAUGCAUAAUUGAAAGAACAGAACUUCUGGGAAAACAAGAUCUGAGUUAUUAUUGAAACAAAGUAUUUUCUGUUGGUGAGGGAAGGCAGAGCCAGGGGAAAAAAGUGUUUUGUUUUUCUAGAAAGCCUUUUUAAAAAUACUAAAUAGUGAACCUAUAAAGUUUUUGCACCUCAUUUUAUAGUGGUAAAAGUUCGAUUCGUUUUAAUAUGGAGUUUGUUUUGCCCUGUAAUAGAUCAAAGUUUAGAUGAGAAUAUUCAGAGUUAACAGCCUCUCUGGGUGCUAAUAAUAUUGUUCUACAAAGAACCCCCCCCCCAUUCAUUUGAAAAUGUUUGGAUUUGUUCAUAGUAAAGAUGAUCUUUUCCAUCUGUCGGUGCAGUUCUGUCUUGAUCUCCUGCGUGUGCACUACCUGCAAAUCUUACGGCACCAACAUCUGUUCUUACACACACAGGGCUUUUGUUGUAGUAACACUCUGACUUUAAAAGUUAUGAAGACAGUAUGGAGUUUCCAGACCACAGCAGACAUUUGCUGCAGUGUCUGAGCGAGCAGAGACACCAGGGCUUUCUUUGUGACUGCACUGUUCUGGUGGGAGAUGCCCAGUUCCGGGCGCACCGAGCUGUGCUGGCUUCAUGCAGCAUGUAUUUCCACCUCUUUUACAAGGACCAGCUGGACAAAAGAGACAUUGUUCAUCUGAACAGCGACAUUGUGACAGCCCCCGCUUUCGCUCUCCUGCUUGAAUUCAUGUAUGAAGGGAAACUCCAGUUCAAAGACUUGCCCAUUGAGGACGUGCUAGCAGCUGCCAGUUAUCUCCACAUGUAUGACAUUGUCAAAGUCUGCAAAAAGAAGCUGAAAGAGAAAGCCACCACAGAGGCAGACAGCACAAAAAAAGAAGAAGACGCUUCAAGUUGUUCGGACAAAGUCGAGAGCCUCUCAGACGGCAGCAGCCACAUGGCAGGUGACCUGCCCAGUGAUGAAGAUGAAGGCGAAGAUGAGAAAUUGAACAUUCUACCCAGCAAAAGGGACUUGGCAGCUGAGCCUGGGAACAUGUGGAUGCGAUUGCCCUCAGACUCAGCAGGCAUCCCCCAGGCUGGCGGAGAGGCCGAGCCACACGCCACAGCAGCUGGAAAAACAGUAGCCAGCCCCUGCAGCUCAACAGAGUCUUUGUCCCAGAGGUCUGUCACCUCCGUGAGGGAUUCGGCAGAUGUUGACUGUGUGUUGGACCUGUCUGUCAAGUCCAGCCUUUCAGGAGUUGAAAAUCUGAACAGCUCUUAUUUCUCUUCACAGGACGUGCUGAGAAGCAACCUGGUGCAGGUGAAGGUGGAGAAAGAGGCGUCCUGUGAUGAGGGUGAUGUUGGCACUAAUGACUAUGACAUGGACCAUAGCACUGUGAAAGAGAGUGUGAGCACUAACACCAGGGUACAGUAUGAGCCGGCCCACCUGGCUCCUCUGAGGGAGGACUCGGUCUUGAGGGAGCUGGAUCGGGAGGACAAAGCCAGCGACGACGAGAUGAUGACCCCAGAGAGCGAGCGGGUCCAGGUGGAAGGGGGCAUGGAGAGCAGUCUGCUUCCCUAUGUCUCCAACAUCCUCAGCCCCGCAGGCCAGAUCUUCAUGUGCCCCCUGUGCAACAAAGUCUUCCCCAGCCCCCACAUCCUGCAGAUCCACCUGAGCACGCACUUCCGCGAGCAGGAUGGCAUCCGCAGCAAGCCUGCCGCCGAUGUCAAUGUGCCCACGUGCUCCCUGUGUGGGAAGACUUUCUCCUGCAUGUACACCCUCAAGCGCCACGAGAGGACUCACUCGGGGGAGAAGCCCUACACGUGCACCCAGUGCGGCAAGAGUUUCCAGUACUCACACAACCUGAGCCGCCACGCCGUGGUGCACACUCGAGAGAAGCCCCACGCCUGCAAGUGGUGUGAGCGCAGGUUCACGCAGUCGGGAGACCUGUACAGACACAUCCGCAAGUUCCACUGUGAGUUGGUGAACUCCUUGUCGGUCAAAAGCGAAGCACUGAGCUUGCCCACUGUCAGAGACUGGACCUUAGAAGAUAGCUCUCAAGAACUUUGGAAAUAAUUUUAUAUAUAUAUAUAAAUAAUAUAUAUAUAUAUAUAUACAUAUAUAUACAUAGAUCUCUAUAUAGUUGUGGUACGGUCUAAAAGCAGUCUUGUUUCCUGGAACUGAAAAGUUGGGAUCUUAACUUGUUUUUGCACUUUAGAAUAAUAGCAUGAGAAUCUCACUAAUUUAGCAUUCUGAUAAAAGAAACUUUAGAGCAAGUCAGAAGUAGAGAGGUGUCUUUCCUUUGAGGGGUAGGCCAAGUUAGCCAAUAAAUCCUUCUCAACAAAUGGUUCUGUCACAAAUGCUUUCAUAUGGCUUAAUUUUGUAAACACUGCAUUGUCUUGAGCGCUUUUCCUGUGCCCCACAUUGUUUUGUUUGGUUUUCAAAGUAGAAAUUCCCUCCAGUUUUAUUAGCCUCUUUAUAUGUCUCAAAUUGCAUGAAUAUUUUCUGGCUGUUGGAAACCUGAAUGCUUUUAGACCCAAAUGGAAAAUUUCUGAAAUGCUGGAUUAUCUAUUUUUAAACAAGCAGUUGACUUAAAACUUUCUGUGGCAACUUCUGGUUUUCUGACAGUUCCCAGUGAGAGAAAUUCUGACAGUACACUGGGUCACUGGGACUGUCUCUGUGAAGGUUUGCUUGAGAUGAAAAAGGAUAUUGCAGCUUCAGCAGUGUUGAACUGUGUGUUUAAAAUGUGAAUUACUGUUCUUGUAUACUGUAAUUGAUUACACGGGCUGGGGGGGUGUCAAAGAACUUGACAGGUUGUGUUGAUGCUCUUAGUUGAGUCUUGAAAAGUAAAUAUUAACGCUACAGAAAUGCAUGAGUUUCAAUAUAUUUUUUGUCUUUGUUUGCAUUGUAUAACUUUAACGAGUGAGUUUAAAAUUAUUUAAUUUCCUUAGAAAAAUAGCACCAUUUGGGGAAAAAAACUGGUGUUACGAAGAACGUAAAUGCACUGUUUUUAUUUUUAUUUUAUAUAAUUUAAAUUGACUUUUCCCACUGUCUUUAAGUUGAAACUGUUAAGCUGAAUAAAAACUUAAGCUGCAAAUUGAUAACUUCGCUACAUUACAAGGAACAUAUAAAUGUUUACAAACGGCUUAAAGAUUUGCAUGUGCAGUGUGCAUUUAUAACACACUUGUAAUUGCACAGAACCCAUGCCAGCUCAGAGUUUAGGUGUACACAUGUACCCAGCUGAGCGUUUUUAGAAUAACUACUGCACAAAUUGACAAUAGGUCAUAGGUCAUUCUCUCUCUCUCUCUCUCUCUCUCUCUCUCUCUCUCUUUUCUUCCCUUUUCUUUUUCUCCCUAUUUCCUUUCCUUCCCCCUACCCCCUAACUCAUGAAAAGAUUCUAUGGACUGAAAAAGCCCCAGGCUGAAAGGACUGAACUGCCUUGAUUGACGUGGGGAGGGGGUUAGUAGACUAUGUGUAUCGGCAGCACAGGCUGCAGCCCAACGUGUGGUUUUAAUGACCAGCACGCAGGGGAGAAGCAUUUUGCACAGUGUUUGUUUUCCUGUCUUGCACUUACAAAUAAGGUCUAUGGGAGUAGCAUGGAAAAUGUUUGUUGUUUUUCCCUUUUUCUUUUUUAAUUGCUUUUGUUUAAAAUUUGAUCGCCUUAACUACUGUAAACAUAGCCUAUUUUUGUGCUUAAGAUACUGAAUGGAAAACUCCAUUGUGUGUUGCUGGACUGUUUUGGAAAUAUUUGGUCAAAUGUAUGUUAAUUUGGCUGUAAUGGCAUUUAAAGCAAACAAACAAACAAAAAAAGCUGUGAAAAUGGCCUUGGAGCAUUAUCUUUAGUUACUUGAAGAGUUUCUAGUUUUUUUUUUUUUUGUUUGUUUUUUUAAUACAGUUUAUGUUAAAAUAAUCUUUAUUAAUUUAGAGAAGACAAUCAAUGUCUGUGAGAGAACGGACUUUUUUUGGAUUUUUUCUUUUUUGUGGUCAUUGUGAGUGAUUGCUUUUUCUUUUUCUUAGUUUCACAUUCUUCCUUUGUUCUAAAUCUUAGACUGACAUCUAGCUUUGACAAUCAUAGUAUGUUUUAUUUCCUGAGGGGGAAUAACUUAUAAUGCUGUUUAGUUUUGUACUAUUGGUGUGUUGGUGAAUUUUUAAACUGUGUGCUAACUGCAAUAAAUUAUAUGAACUGAGAA